CGACGAACAAAUAUGGCGUUGUCCUCGAUUAUCGAGAAGGACAUUGCUAUUGCAUGCAUAUGUUCCGCUCUGAUCCUAUCGCGAUGCGGUUAUCGUGUUUAUCACUGGUACAAGGGCCAUGCAGGUUCCCAUAGAAUCUGGCAUGCCGACGAUGUUUACAUGGCGGUUGCCCUACUGCCUCUUAUUUCGCGCACCGUCUGUAUCACUCUCUCGUUCCUCUUGAACCCCUCCAGCUCACGCGAACCUGCAACGAAAGAUGAAGCGGCAGCCCAGCACGUAAGUGUUGAGAAACUCGAACAUGAUCGGAUUGUUGGGCUUCAAUUACUGGUUGGCACACGAUUGAGCUACACUCUGAUUCUUUGGAUUUUGAAAGCAGCCCUGCUCUCAUUUUACUCACGCUUUGUUCGGGUGACAAACUGGGGCAAGACAACAGUCAAGGUGCUAUGGUGUCUUUUGUUUGUUUCUUGUCUUGUUGUUAUUGUAUCGAUACUAGCCGAGUGUCGCCCGAUUUCGUUGAUGUGGAGGCUCACUCCUAAGGAAACGCAGCCUGUCUGCCAGAAAGGCAUGGUUUACUUCUUCGCUCUGGCAGUAGGCAAUAUCAGCACAGAUAUUGCACUACUAAUACUGCCUUUCCCGACCCUUGCAGUGGCGAGAUUGAAUACGAGAACUAAGAUCCAACUUGGAGUCUUGUUCAGUAUCGGCCUUUUGGUCAUUACCAUUACAAUUGUUCGAAUACCGCUCAUUCUCAACGAUGCCAUGUCUCAAAAGGCUCGAUCUACUUGGGCGACUAUAGAGAUUCUGUGCAGCUUUAUCGUGGCAAACACGCCUUUCUUUUAUGGACUUUUGAGAGAGCUUGGGCAGCACAAGGGCACACAUCCUUCAGUGACAAAUCCAAGCCGAUCAGAAGGUCCAUUCUAUCUGCAGAGCAAAGGAGCAGAUCACCGCUCCUAUGAGCUUCAGGCUGCAACCAGUGAUGGGAAUAAUAACUCACAGGAGCUGAUCAUAAUGCCAUAA